AGGGUUCUGAGGAGUGAAGGCCAUUGAAGGGUGUGGAACAUGCCCAGGUCGAUGAUGUGAAGGAAUUCUUUUCCCUGAGCUGCCUGUGAGAUGGCUUCGUUUGCGGCCAUGAACCCGAAGGCGACGUAAGGAGUGGUCUGGUGGAGGAGGUGGAAGGCUUCGAAUCUCUCAUCUGCGGUGGCCGGCGAUGCGUCGUUGGCGGCGCCACCGUUGGCGAAGGUGCCGUUGGCGUUUACAUUGUGGAGGAGGAGGGACAAACGGGACUGGAGUCCCGUGGCAAAGCAGUGGGAGACUCGCUGUAAGGAAUCCCCCCAUGGAUUUGCUGAUCCCCAGAUUUGGGAGAGCAAGGAUUGAGCUAGGUGAGUGUCACGGCAGCCAACUGCCUCGGCGCAGGCCAGUAGCAAGUGGACCAACUGAAGACCUUGAUCCACUGGCUCGCCUUUAUCCUGAUCCUGAUGAUCAGGGUAACUCAUCGUUGUUGCUACAACGAACCGAUCUUGUUCUUGUUCUUGUUCAUGUUCUUGCUCGUAGGGGAGUGCUAGUAGGUCCUUGAAAUUGGAGCAACCCUCCAUCUCUAGGUCAUGAUCUCGAUCGAACGUGACACCGAAGGUCUCCGUAGUGCCUUGGAAAUGAAGAUGGUGGUGAGUGAUAUGGUUUUGGCAGAGGUGGUGUAAUGAUCGUGGUAACGGCGAGAGUCGUGGUGGUCUUCCUCCCAUAUCAUUGAGAGAAAUCCCUGUUGUUGUUGUUCUUCCAUGUUAUGGGUGAUAUUAUUGGUUUCAAACCAAGAGCCGGGGGAUUCCCGUUCUUCGUGAUGAUG